AUGGCCUCCACAGAUUCGCCCAAGAGGGAGUACAACCUCGCCAUUGUAGGCGGCGGCAUCUCAGGUCUCUGCCUCGCCAUCACACUCCUGCGAUAUGACAUACCCAUCACCGUGUAUGAAGCAGCGUCUCACUUCGGUGAGAUCGGGGCCGGCGUGUAUCUGGGUCCGAAUGCGGGGCGCGCGAUGAAGCUCAUGUCCCCUAAGAUCCACGAGGCCUUCACCAAGACAAAGACCGGCAACCAAUGGAAAGAGAAGGAGGAUUCAUGGUUCACAAUUCGCGUAGGCGACGAGCGUAGAGCGGACAAGGAUGGUUUCGUAAAGCCAGGCAAGAGAGUGGGCGAUGCUUUGUUCGAUGUGCCAAUGGCGGCGGGAGGCGAUCGGGGAGGCGUGUACCGCGCAGCGUUCCUGAACGAGCUGGUCAAGGACAUUCCUGACAACAUUGCGCGCUUUGGCAAGAGACUUGUGGAUUUGAGCAAUGCAAAGGAUGACUCUGGGGAUAUGGUGCUUCACUUUGCCGACGGAACUACAGCACAGCAUUCUGCAGUCAUUGGGUGCGACGGUAUCAAGUCCAAAACGAGGCCAUGGUUACUCGGCAAGGACGAUCCUGCUUCGUUUGCAGAGUACUCGGGAAAGUACGCCUACCGAGGAUUGAUUCCCAUGGAAAAGGCUAUACCGUUGUUGGGCGAGGAAGUUGCAGCGAACAGUUCCAUAUUCAUGGGUUACCACGGGCACAUUCUUACUUUCCCCGUCCAAAAAGGCAAGACGAUGAACGUUGUUGCAUUUAACUCGAGCAAAACCUGGGACGAUGAGAAGUGGGUAAUCACCACAUCCAAAGAGCAAAUGGAAGCCGACUUUGCCGACUGGGGCCCGCAAGUCCAGAAGAUUGUGGGCGCCAUGGAGAAACCCGACGUCUGGGCGCUGUUCAUGCACCCACCCUGCAACACCUUCUACAAGGGGCGGCUGUGCCUGCUCGGUGACGCCGCUCACGCAACAACGCCACACCAAGGCGCGGGCGCGGGCAUGUGUAUUGAGGACUCGUAUAUUCUCGCCAAUCUGGUCAAGGAAGCGAGCGAUGUGGAUGGUCUGGAGCGCGCGUUCAAGGCUUUCGAUCAGGUCAGGCGGGAGAGAUCGCAGAAGAACGUGACGACAAGUCAGGAGGCGGGCAUGUUGUAUGAUCUCGAGCUUUUUGGCGAUGAUUUGGAGAAGAUUGAGCACAGCUUCCUGACUAGGAUGCAGUGGAUUUGGGAGUUUGAUAUCGAAAAGCAGUUGGAGGAGGCGCAGAAGAUUAUGCGGGGAGAGACAGUGGAGACAUGA